UCCUUCCUCGGUGUGUUUGGCCUCACGCAACACUCCUCUUAUCUUGUAGUGCCUCUGAUCUCUGUCAUGGCUCUCCAACAGUAGCAGACAAAGAGAAAUCGAGGAAUAGAGAGAUACAGAGAGACACCAACUGUCAGAUCAGCGAAAGUGAUAAAUGCCACAGUGAAGCAGGUAAAGGCCUGGCAGUGGCAGUGAAUGAGGAGGCUGCUGGGGAUUUCCAUGUUUAGACCCUGCUGACUACUGCUGCUGGCGUUCCCAGCCUCCUGAGAGAUCUACAGUACCGGACCCCCCCUUACAUCUCAGCUGCUCGACUGUUUUCAAGUGGUGCAACAUUAAAGGCUACUUCUGCUGAACAAUGCACACCAUGCAGAGGAGUCCCCGCUCCACCGCGAAUAUAGCUGCUCAGCAGAAUCACACGAGCGAAGCAAAGUCGUCUAAUAACUUUGAGGCCCUAGGAUGCCAUGAGCAGCUGGAUCCAAAGGACAGCCAGGACUCUGAGGACCCCAGAGAAUACUGUUAUGGUGGAUACCACACUGUCCAGAUAGGUGACACCUUCAACAGAAGAUACCAGGUGGUGUCUAAGCUGGGCUGGGGCUAUUUCUCCACUGUCUGGCUGUGUCUGGACCUCAGGCUAGGGCGGCGCAUUGCUGUGAAGGUGCUGAAGAGCGGGGCUGGCUUCACCCAGGCAGGACAGGAUGAACUUGCUCUCCUACGAUGCGCUAGUGGUCCUAUGAGCCGGCAUCCCUCCAGUCAAAGGAUCGUUCAGCUGUUAGAUGAGUUCAAGCUGGCCGGGGUCAACGGGGUCCACAUGUGCCUGGUGCUGGAGCUGUUGGGGCCUGACCUGAGAGACUGGCAGCUAUGUUUCGGAAAUCCUGGACUGACGCGGCCUUCGGUCAAACAAAUACUAACUCAGGUUCUGCAGGGCCUGGACUACCUCCACACUCAGUGUAAAAUCAUCCACACAGACAUCAAGCCUGAGAACAUCCUGCUGUGUCUGGAGGAGCAGUCCCACAAAGUACCAGCAGGGGACAGCAGCCCCUCCUCUCUACUGACUAGGAAAGAGGCCAAUUCCACAGAGAAGGAGCAAUUGAACCCACACAGUUUAAAGGAAAUUACAGUGAAGAUUGCUGACCUGGGCAGCUCCUGCUGGGUGUACAAACAUUUCUCUGAGGAGAUUCAGACUCGUCAGUAUCGCUCACUGGAGGUUUUACUGGGAUCUGAGUACGGCCCGCCUGCUGACAUCUGGAGUGUCGCCUGCAUGGCCUUUGAGUUGCUCACUGGAGACUCCCUGUUUGAACCCAAAGCUGGCGAGUCCAUUUCCCUGGAGGAAGACCAUAUAGCCCAGAUCAUGGAGCUGCUUGGUAAAAUCCCACCAGUUGUUGCCUUCUCGGGUAAAUACUCUGCCGAGUACUUCAGUCGAAGAGGUGACCUGCGUCGUGUCGGUCCACUGAGGUUCUGGAGACUCUACGACGUUCUGGUGGAGAAAUACCACUUCCUGUUGGAGGACGCUACUGGUUUCUCAGACUUCCUUCUUCGCAUGUUGGAUUACCAUCCGGAGAGGAGGGCCACCGCUGCACAGUGCCUCUGCCACCCAUGGCUGACCUCCUGAUAGCCUCCUAAACGCCGUACAGGCCUCGUUCCCCUCUGCAGUCCUCACAACCAGAUGCUGUCAGCAGCUCGACCUGGCCAAUUUCUGAACAUACCAGCCUUAAACUCAAUCUGUCAGAUGUUGAGUUUUUAUACUAGAGGAGCUAUGUAGAAGACUUUUUAUUUCCCUCACUGAUUUAUAAAUUCCUGUGGAAUGUGCUGUUUCAACACCAGAUCGAGAAUAGGAUGCUCUUUUCCACUGGAGCCCAUUACGC